GAAGCAGAUAGUUGAAAAGAGAAGCGGAAGAAUUUUUAUGCCACCAGUACGACCGCAAAGAGCUUCUUCCAUAGCAACCCUUCUCAUCCAGAAAUGCGCCGCCACAACCUCCCUCCGGGAAGCACGUCAACUCCACGCCGUUCUCCUUACCUCCGAACUUUCCCCAACUCAAUCUCCGUUAUUCAUACACAACAACCUCCUCUCAAUGUACGCCCGUUGCGGGUCUUUCGUGGACUCUCAACUCUUGUUCGACAAAAUGCCUCGGAGAAAUGUUGUGUCUUACAACGCCCUGAUAUCCGCCUAUUCUCGUAGUCCUCAUCAUGCCCAUGUGGCAUUUCGGGUGUUUGAUCAUUUGGAGAGUGAGAGCCUCGCACCAAAUGGGUUGACCAUUACGAGCCUUUUGCAGGCUGCUGCUGGACUUGAAGAUCCGGUAGUCGGCUCUUCACUGCAUGCCCUGUGCGUGAAAAUCGGAUUCUUGGAUAAUGUCCGCGUUCAGACAUCUUUACUUGGGAUGUAUUCGAAUUGUGGGGAUGUGGGUUGUGCUAAGAAAGUGUUCUCCGACAUGGUGGAUAAAGAUGCCAUAGCAUGGAACUCGAUUAUUUCAGGGUGUAUGAAGAAUGGCAAAGUAUUUGAAAGUCCUGAACUUUUUCAGAAUAUGUUGAGGAAUGGGAUUAAUCCAACCCAAUUUACGUACUCAUUGGUGUUGAAUGCAUGUGCUAAAUCAGAAGAUUAUGAUAGCGGGAAAUGUGUCCAUGCCCAAGUGCUUUUAUCCGGUGGGUAUUCAGAGAACGGAGAUGGAGACAAGGCAAUGGAUAUGUUUGUACAACUGAGGCGAGUAUCUUCUUUGAAACCCGACGAGUAUACGUUGGCAGCUGUUAUUUCUGGUACAAGUGGAUUUCCAGCUUGUGAUUAUGGAAAGCCGCUCCAUGCUCAAACUGAGAGAACAGGACUUGCUAGGAGUGUGUAUGUUGGGAGCACACUCAUUUCUAUGUACUUUGGCAAUGAUGACUCUGUGUCAUCUCAAAAGAUUUUCGAUUCUUUUCUGCAUAAAGAUGCUGUUCUUUGGACAGACAUAAUUGCUGGGCAUGUCAGAAUAGGUGACGGCGAGGGCGCAUUGAGAUUCUUCCAUGAAAUGUCCAAGGAAGGUUGGGAUCUAGAUAACUUCACCCUUAGUAGUGCCUUAAGUGCAUGCGCUGACCUUGUGACUCUAAGACAAGGGGAGAUGAUUCAUUGUCUGGCUGUGAAGACGGGAAAUGUUGCUGAAGUUUGCGUGUGCAGCAGUCUGGUUGAUAUGUAUGCCAAAAAUGGGGAACUCGAAGCUGCAAUGGAUACUUUUUCUUGCCUGCCUAAGUGUGAUUUAAUGUGCUGGAACUCAAUGCUUACAGGAUAUGGUAACCAUGGAAAGCCUGAGGAAGCUUUUCAAAUUUUCUUUAAGAUGCUAAAGCAUGGCCUGAGACCAGAUCAAGUUACAUUUCUCUCUCUUCUAGCUGCCUGUAGCCAUUGUGGCCUGGUGGAGAAAUGUAGGCUUUUUUGGAAUUAUAUGAAGGAAUAUGGUUUGAAACCAGGACCGAAGCAUUAUUCUUGCAUGAUAAGUUUGUUGAGUCGAGCUGGAUUAUGGGAGGAAGCUGAGGAAAUUAUUAUUGAAUCACCUUUUGUAGAUGGCUAUCUGGAACUAUGGAGAACUGUAUUGAGCUCCUGUCUUAAGAGUGGCAAUUUGGAAGUAGGGAUCCAUGCUGCUGAACAGAUUUUAAACAUUAAUGCAGAAGACUGUGCUUCAAGUAUACUGCUAACAAAACUAUAUGCUGUAGCCGGGAGGUGGAAUGAUGUUUCAGAGGUGCGGAGAAGGAUAAGAAAAUUAAUGUUGGAAAAAGACCCUGGUCUAAGCUGGAUUGAGGUCAGAAAUAGUGUCCAUGUGUUCUCUUCAGGAGAUCCAUCGCACCUGCAAAAUGCUGAAAUGCAGGAUGAGUUGAGAAAGCUGUUGGGGAACUUAGUUCCAGAAGCAGUAGAGAACAUUACAUCAUGGAGCUCCAGUUAGCAAAGACGAGACACUGAUGAAGGGAAUAAGGAUGUUGGUUGAGAAAGCACCUCCGAGUUCAGAAAUAACAGCUCCACCUUUAGGCGAGUAGAAAUCACCUCUCAUGUUCGAAACACUGUGCCAACUAUUUCACUGGCAUACUAAAAAAUUCAGAGAUUCUUUGGUUGCAUUGCCCCUUCAAAGAUAAGUUAACAUGUUUUGAAACGAAGAUUCAUGCUAAAGGAAUUAGGACAUUUCUGGACAAGUUUCGACCAUUGUCUUGUCAAGGAAAACAUAAUACUGGUCAAGAUUCGGAGUGGCUUUAGGAUUUGGGGUCUCUGCAAGAUUACUGCCCUUAAAUGUUACAAAAACUUGAACCUUAUAAUUGUUGUUGACAUUUUCCAUAUAAUAUGGUGCAAAAUAUAGGUUUCUGCAGCGAUUCUGAUGUUGUCAUGAUAAAAACAACAGUA